AUGUGUUUUGCCAAGAGGCACAACAAGAAGGGCCUGAAGAAGAUGCAGGCCAACAAUGCUAAGGCCAUGAGCGCCCAUGCCAAGGCCAUCAAGGCCCUGGUGAAGCCCAAGCAGGCCAGGCCCAUGAUCACAAAGAAGAACAGUUGCAAGCUCAGUCGACUUGUGUAUAUUGCUCACCCCAGGCUUUGGAAAAAUGUUCAUGCCCACAUUGCCAAGGGUCUCAGGCUUUGCCGGCCAAAAACCAAGGUUGAAACCAAGGAUCCAACUAAGGCUAAAACCAAGGUUCAAAUGAAGGCUAAAGCCAAGCCCCAGAGUAAGACCCAGACAGCUGCAGCUCCAGCACAGCUCAAGCUUCCAAAGGUGCCCAGGCCCCUGCCAAGGCUCUCUAAGAUGCUGCCGUCAGUGUGA